UCUGAGGUCAGUUUUCGUUUCCACUUAUGAGCCUAAAUGAAGCUGGGAUCGGCUCAGACGACUGAUCUGAGAUCAGUAUGAGAGUGUAGGCGAACAAAGCGAGUGUGACAGGAUGUUGCACCUGUUUCACUGAGAAAAAUAGUCGGAGAAUUAACAGCAGAGAGCACUGGCACCAGGUCCCCAUGUCUUCAGGAGGAGGCGGUUUUGUCACCAGGUUCGACCGGGUGCGAGAGAUACCACACUAUGACCAGGUCCCUGUGGGCUCCUUAUAUCGGGACCAGGGGCUACCUCUGCCUCCAGUACCCAUGCAUGGAAUAGUGCCAGCCCUCAGCUUAGACCCCCUCCCCCCUCCUCCUCUACCUGAACAACCCGCCAUUGGGCCUGAGUCCUUCUACCCUCCUGCAGAAGAUGAGCAGAUGGAGGGUGACUGUGAUGCCAUGGACAUCAAGCCGGUCCAUCGCUUCAUCCCUGACUCCGUCAAGAACUUCUUCCGUGGCAACAGCGGUAACCGUGGCAGCAAGGGUUGGUCCAUCCCCCCUACACCUACACCUCAUUCCCCUGCACCUUCAUCCAGGAAGAGUGCCAACUGCCACACCACAGAAGGGGUCCCUUGUUCACCCCCCCACUCCGCCCCUCCAUCUCCUUCCCUGCCCGGCUCCUACCGGGAACCCUACACCUCUCAGAAGGAUGGGCUGCUGCUGGGUGCAGACGCAUUCGAGUCUGUAUCUGCUGUGCCCACCAACCUCUCAGCUCAAACCUACCAGGAGCGGGUGGAGGAGUACCACCUGCGCUACGCCUACAUGAAAUCCUGGGCCGGCCUGCUGAGGAUCUUGGGUUGUGUGCAGCUGCUGCUGGGAGCUGCCGUGUUCGCCUGCGUCUGUGCCUAUGUACACAAGGACAACGAGUGGUUCAAUAUGUAUGGAUACUCCCAGCCACAGCUGUUUGGUGGGCUCGGUGGGGGCGCAGGUGCACAAGGGGGUUACUACACCGGCCCCAAGACACCUUUUGUCCUAGUAGUGGCUGGUCUUGCGUGGAUAGUGACUGUAAUUCUACUAGUUCUUGGAAUGACCUUAUACUACAGAGCUAUCCUUCUAGACUCUUCUUGGUGGCCGUUGACAGAGUGCGCAAUCAACCUGGUCUUGGCAGUACUCUAUUUAGCAGCAGGGAUAGUUUAUGUGAGGGACACCACCCGUGGGGGGCUGUGCAACUUACCAGUUUUCAAUAACGGAAUCAACGGGGCCUUCUGUCGCACUGAGGCUGGCCAGACUGCAGCCAUUGUUUUCCUCUUCAUCACCAUGGUGCUCUACUUUAUUAGUGCAGGAGUGUGUCUGAAGCUGUGGAGACAUGAAGCAGCAAGGAUUAGGAAGGAGGAGCUGGCACAGGAGAUGAAAACUAUUGGAUCAUCAGUGCCUCUAUCUGUACUGGGUUCAGGCUCCAGGGCUUCAGAGCAGACACCUCUCCCCACCAUCCAGCCAGACCUCAUGGAUGCUCCAAACAACUCUGCAGCCGUUCCUCUGGUAGCGUUGGAGCCAGAGAUCCUCCGAGGUCACAUCCCAGCUGGAUACAUCCCCAAACCUGUCGUCAUAGCUGACUAUGUGGCGAAGUAUCCCGCCAUCCACUCAGAGGAGGAGAGGGACCAGUACAAGGCUGUGUUCAAUGACCAGUAUGCUGAGUACAAGGAGUUGCAUGCUGAGGUUCAGGCCAUGGCCAAGAAGUUUGAAGAGAUGGAUGAGAUGAUGCAGAACCUGCCCCCUCGACCUUCCAGCCAAAUGGAGAAGGAGCGGAUCAAUGGCAUUUUGCUGGAAUAUCAGAGGAAGAAAGCUGACCCAACGUAUUUGGAGAAAAGAGAGAGGUGUGAGUACCUAAAAAACAAGCUCUCUCACAUCAAGCAGAAGAUUCAGGAGUACAACAAGGUCAUGGACUGGAAUGACGGCGACCAGGGUGAGUUCCAGUUGGAUUUCAGUAUGCCGAGCCAUAAACAAAGACCCCAUCAUCACCAUUCAAGUGGCAGCAAACCCCACAGUAGCAGACCCAGGCACAGCGAGCUGAUGUCCAACCCAGCCUUUUCCUACUACCCGAACGAUAAGAUGCUUCACUUCUAUCUCUGGACAUCACCGCCGGGUGUGAUGAAGAUAAUGUCUAUUAUCAUCAUCAUCAUGUGUGUGGCUGUGUUUGCCUGCGUGGCCUCCACACUGGCCUGGGACUAUGAUAUGAGCCUCAUGGGUCUGGGAGGUGGAGUAGGUGGUGGCUUGAUGCCAGGUUAUGGUGGUUCAUACGGCGGCUCAUACGGUGGCUCCUAUGGCGGCAGUUAUGGCGGCUCAUAUGGAGGUGGUAUUGGCAGUGGUUCCUAUGGUGGCUACGGCAAUGGAUACAACAAAAUGGAUCCCGUAGCUGGCAAAGGCUUCAUCAUCGCCAUGGCUGCUAUUACUUUCAUAGCUGUGCUUGUCAUUUUUGUGUUGGUUAUAUCAAGGCAAAAAACUGCCCGUUCAUCAAAGUUCUACCUAGCAACCAUCAUCAUCUGUGCCAUCUUGGCAUUUCUGAUGAUCAUUGCCACCAUUGUGUACCUGGUGGCGGUGAACCCAACAGCCCAAUCCACAGGGUCCGUCUACUACAGCCAGGUCGUUCAGCUGUGUGCCCAGUACCAGAACCAGAACCAGGCCCAGGGCAUCUUCCUCAACCAGUACCUCUACCAUUACUGUGUGGUGGAGCCCCAAGAGGCCAUAGCUAUUGUCCUGGGCUUCCUGGUGUUUAUAGCCCUCAUCAUCCUGCUGGUGUUUGCAGUCAAGACUCGCUCCAGUAUCAGGCGCUGGGGCCGAGACCGCAUUCUCUGGGAGGAAGUGAAGGUGGUCCAUGAUGGUUUACGCAACAGCGUCGGAGAGUGGGUGAACAAUGUGUCAGGUGACCCGGAGGUGUUUGUCAAUGACUAUAAUGAUAAAGUUGGGGGCUCCAGGGACUAUCUGGACCGGCUGGACCACAACAAGCCUCUUUACCUGCCAGGAGACUCAGAUAUCAGCAGCUCCGUGGAUGGCCUGAAGCCCAGACUGAAGGAUUAUGACACCGGUGCAGAGUCUGGAGAUGACCUGGAGGAGGAGGACUUCAGCGUUUUCUUUCCUUCUAUUGUGGAUGAGCAGGAGCGUCUGAACUACAAACAGGAGUUUGACCGGGAUCACCAGGAGUACAAGAGCCUGCAGGCAGAGCUGGACAGCAUAAACCAGGACUUGGCUGACCUAGACAGAGAGCUGGACCAACUCCCUCAGGGCAGUCCACAGUUCCUGGAUACCAUGGAUGAAUACAACAGACUGAAGAAUCUCAAGAAGUCCCCAGACUACCAGAUUAAGAAGAGGCGGUGUAAAUAUCUGCGGUCCAAACUGUCGCACAUCAAGAGGAAGAUCAGCGAAUAUGACCGCCGGCCUUGAACCUUGACCUCUUACCCCUCUCAUGAAGGGCAAGAGACAAAUCUGCAAUUUCCCACUCCACUGUGUUUUAAUUGAUCACAAACCUAUACAGGAUUAUUAUAGUGAAAGCCUGUUGCUUUUAUCAAUCCAAUCAACUGAGAUAUUUUCCAGAAGAGAAGGAGUGAAGAAUAUUGUUUUUUUUUUUUUUUUUACUACAGUCUGAUAAAUUCUUCAACCUCUGUGAGUUUCAUGAAGAACAAUGAAGGUGUAUAAAAUGUAUGUUAUUUCCAUCCUCCUGAAGUGAGAGAUAAAGUUUUUAAAAUUUUUAAAUGUUUUUUGUCCUUGUGAUUGUAAGUUCUUAUUAUAGACCUUUCUCAUGGUGGAUAUUAAAAGGAAAAGCCCUGGCUAACCAGCUCUGUUCCUUGUAUGUGUGCCAUAACAUUGGUCAUUUACGGUAAUGAUUUUCAGUUCCCAUUUCCACGUUACUCAACAGCAAAUGAACAAUACCUCCAUACUUGUCUUUCUCUGUUUUUGUUCCACAUAUUUGUCAUUGAAGGAAAUUUAGGCCUGUUUGUUGUUUUUUUUAAAAUGAUUUACACAAAGUGUAUAUUUUUUGUGCAAUAUACUCACAGGGUCAUAUCCGUUUGUAUAUGAAAGCAGGGAUGUAAGCUUCCAAUAAAAAGUUAUUUUUCAGAG